UUCAGUGAGCAUUUCUGAGAGAUAAGAUGGUAAAUUACGCAUUGAGAGAAGUGUUCCAAAGAAAUUCGCGGCAUGUGUUAUUAAUUUAGUACCAAAAACACGGGUUUUCUUUUUUCUUUCUUGAGCUAUCUAGUACAAUCCCAAUCCACACUCCUUUCCCGUCGGUGGCGGUAAUGCUCAUAAAUGUUGGUUACCAACCGCCAUACAACCCAAAGAAGAAGACCUUUAACGUCAAUAAGACCAUUCGCUGCUAAUACUUACAUUACUGCAAAUUAAAGAUUGAAUAAAAAUGGUCAUCUAUGAAUACGGGUAAGUUUUUUUUCUUUUUUUUUCUUCGCCAUAAUCUUGACGCUUACCAGUUCUGUUGGUUUUGUUCAGCAAAUCCGGUUUCUUCUCUUUCGCCAAUUUAAUCGUGCGUUUUCUAAAACCCACGCGACUGUAAAAUUCAUUUUCAGUUUGAAGACAUCGUCCUAGUUCGGCUUUACCUCGCUCUAUGUGGAAUUGUCAAUAAGAUUACAAUCUGUUAAAGAUGUCGCUAAAUAAUGUUCGCCUGUUAAAAUGUUUUUCCACAUUCUUCAUCCUACACCAGGCCUAGUAGCCCAAGACGUUUUUUCCUUCCCAGUGACGGCUGAAAGGCAGCGGUUUUUAGAACGUAACGUUAUAGCUCGAGGUAAUUAGCUAAUUUAUACAUUUAUAGCGACAGAUUAGCAAACUAGCUAGUUUAGUAACGUAGCUACAGACAUUUCUGAUUAAAAUGCAUUUAAAAAAAAAAAACUGCUCUAGAAUAGGUAUGUAACGUUACGUUACACAUAAUCUGUGCUUGAACCUGCGACCGGACCUGCUGCUUGGGAGUCUUCCAGUCACCAUUGAGGAUUUUUCCACAUGGCACACCUGACCUGUCCUGAUGACUUGGAAAGGCUGAGGAAGCAGUAACGUCGCUGUGACUUUGUGAGAUUAAACGCUGCAAUCAGGUUGACCCAUCCUGGUUAUUAGGAGCAGUGGGCAGCCACAGUGCAGCGCCCGUUGUGCAUGAGAUUUAUCAACUACUCCAUCUAACGACUGUGUUUGGGAAACCCGUGUGAUGAGCUGCACUUCUGCACACCUUUGAGCAGCAGGAUGAUGCAGGCAGGAGUCUGUCUGAGACAGGACACUGAGACAACACUACCAGAGCUCACUGAGCAGCACAGGAUCAGACUGAAAGAAGAGGAACUUAGUGGACUGGAGUCAGAGACAGAGUGUGCUGCCCCAGGACUCAACACACUGGAGCCAGAGUGUGUUACAGCACACAGCGGGGUCAGUGAUGUACACCACACACACACAUCAGUGAUAAAAACAGAAGCUGAUCUGGACUCCACCCACACUGGGGAUCUUAUUAAGACAGAGAAUCUCAACCGUACAGAGCUGGGAUAUGUGACCCAUCUGCAUCCUGACCAAAUCAAAACAGAGACUGAAGAUGGAGGAUACCUUGAGGCAGAAUGCAUCAGUGACUUGCAGGAUAUUGAAUGUUUUGAUGUUAAAUCUGAUCAAUUGAAAUGUGAAUCCAGUGAAAGUUUAGUGAGUGAUCUCAUGAACACUGUGAUGGACGGAGCUGGUGUUGAUCACGCAGACCAGACUGAACCACGGCAAUGUGCAAGAGAGCCAAACUGUAAAAAAGAAGAAAUGCAUGAAUUGCCAACCCAUUGUGAGGACUUAAGUCAUCACUGUGACAAAAGCACUGAAAACAUUCUGACCAGAAUUGUUCAGAAAAGUGUCAGCCAUAGCGUAAAGCCAAGGCAUUGGAAGAGACCGAGCGUGAAAACUGAACCAAUGAUAAUUCAUUUAAUGCAUAAGGAGACAAUGUCUGCAGAUGAAAGUGAAAUUCAAACGGGGGAAAUUCCGUACAAGUUUACACAGUGUGAGAAAUAUUUUCCCACAAAAUCUGAUUUGAAUACACACCUGAGAAUUCGCACAAUGGAGAAACCAUACAAAUGUAUUCAAUGUGGGAAGUGUUUUUCCAACAUUUGUUUUUUAAAUAGGCACCACAGAAUUCAUAAAGCUGAAAAGCCAUACAAAUUAUCCCAAGCAAGUACUUUAAAUACACGCGAGACGAUUCAUACAAGUGAAAAGCUGUACACGUGUACAGGGUGUAAAAAGUGCUUUCGCACAGAAUCUGACUUGAAUACACACCUGAAAAGUCAUGCAGGUAAAACACCAUACCAGUGCGUACAGUGUGACAAGUGUUUCCGUACAAAAUCCGCUUUAAAUAUGCAUGAGAGAAUUCAUACAGGUGCAAAUGCGUACACGUGUAUUGAGUGUGGGAAGUGUCUGAGCACGAAGUGGAAUUUAAAUGUACACCUGAGGAUUCACAGCCAUGACAGCCAGGUGAGGCCGUACAGGUGUGCUCAGUGCGAAAAGUCUUUUCGUAGAAAAUCUGAUCUAAAUAUACAUCUGAGAGCUCAUGCAGGUGAAAUGCCCUACAAAUGUACGCAGUGUGAGAAGUGUUUUCUUACAAAUUAUUCUUUAAAAAUGCACUUCAGAAUUCAUACAGGUGAAAGGCCCUACAAUUGUACGGAGUGUUGGAAGUGCUUUACCUCAAUAUCUGAUUUAUAUAGCCAUCAGAGAAUUCAUAGAGGUGAAAAGCCCUACAAAUGUACACAGUGUGGUAAGUCUUUUAGUAACAAUUCUUCUUUAAGUGUACAUCUAAGAAUUCAUACGGGCGAAAAGCCAUACAAAUGCACACAGUGUGAGAAGUGUUUUGCAAAAAACUCUGAUGUAAAAAGACAUCUGACAAUUCAUACAGGUGAAACCUCAUACAAGUGCACACACUGUGACAAGUGUUAUAGAAAAAAAAUAUAUUUUGAUAGACACCUGAGAGUUCAUACAGGUGAAACCUCAUACAAGUGUGCACACUGUGACAAGUGUUUUAGAAAAAAAAUAUAUUUUGAUACACACCUGAGAAGUCAUACAGGUGAAAAGCCCUACAAAUGUAUUGAGUGUGGGAAUUAUUUUAGUCAAAAGUCUGCUUUAAAUAUACAUCUGAGAAUCCAUACUGGCGAAAAGCCAUACAAGUGCACACAAUGUGAGAAGUGUUUCAAUGCAAAAUCUGAUUUAAAUGCACACCUGAGAAUUCAUACAGGUGAAAAGCCCUACAAGUGUAUUGAGUGUGGGCACUGUUUUAGUAAAAAGUCUGCUUUAAAUAUACACCUGAGAAUCCAUACUGGCGAAAAGCCAUACAAGUGCACACAGUGUGAGAAGUGUUUUAAUGCAAAUUCUGCUUUACAUAAACACCUGAGAAUUCAUACAGGUGAGAAGCCCUUCAAAUGUACUCAAUGCGGGAAGGGUUUUUCCAGAGCAUCAGGUUUAAAUAGCCACCAGUGGAUUCAUACAGGUGAGAAGCCCUACAAAUGUACACAGUGUGAAAAGUGUUUUAAUGCAAAAUCUGAUUUAAAAAAACACCUGAGAAUUCAUACAGGUGAAAAACCCUACAAAUGUACGCAGUGUGAAAAGUGUUUUAAUGCUAAAUCUGAUUUAAAUAUACACCUGAGAAUUCAUACAGGUGAAAAGCCCUACAAAUGCGCACAGUGUGAAAAGUGUUUUAGAACAAAGUCAGAUUUAAAUAAACACAUGAAAAUUCACACAGGUGAAACUACAUACAAGUGUACACAGUGUGACAAGUGUUUUAGAACAAAAACGUAUUUUCAUAGACACUUGAAUUCAUGCCGGUGAAAAGCUCAAGUAAUGUGCACUAGUUUUGUAGUUCCAAUGACUGGAACAUUUCCUGUAAAAACAAGUCAUUGUUCUUUCAUAAAAAUAAUUCAUUUGAAUUCCUUCAAUGUAAAAUGUAAUUCUUUGUAGAUUGAAGGAUGUUAUUUUGUGAUAAAACUGUAUUUUUCUUUUCUCAGAAAUGAUGUGAACUGUUUGGAUGUAAAUAAUUAAAAAUUAAAAAAUCUUUAAAAAAAUAAAAUAAUACAAUGUAUCUUUUUUAUUUUUUAUUUUUUUACUGCCACUGUAGAGCUGUAAUGUUAUGUGUGUAAUGUGUCUUGCUAAAGCUAAUCAGUACACUUCAGACAGUGCAUUUUAUUUGAGAUAUCAGUUGAGGGUCUUUGUUUCACUGAGUGGCAUAUACAGCCCCCUCCAAAAGUAUUGAAAUGGCAAGGUCAAUUCUUUUGUUUUUGCUAUACACCGAACAAUAAAUAGUUCUGAAUGUAAACUCUUGGUUUUUGCCUGUGAAGACUGCAUUUGUGUGAAUCAAGAUGGACCAACAUGAAGACCAGAGAGCUGUCUUUUUGAGAAAAACAAGCCAUUUUGAAGCUUAGAAAAGAGGGGAAAGUGGAGCAUUGGUGAUAGCUUGUACAACAACUUGGAAUGUCCUGAAAAAGAAAGAAACCGCUGGCUUACUGAGCAACAGACAUCGAACAGGUCGACCACGGAAACCAACAGCACUUCAUGACAGAAAUAUUGUGAGAGCUGUGACGAAAAACCAGGAAAUAUCAGUCUGUGACAUCACAAACAAUCUGCUCAGGGCAGGGGUGAAGGUAGCUCAAUCAACUAUUUGAAGAACUCUUUGAGAGCAGCAACAUAGAGGGUUUACCAGAAGAUGCAACCAGUCAUCAGUAGUAAGAAUCGGAAGGUGAGAUUACAAUUUGCAAAGGAGUACAGAGAUGACCCACAAAAGUUAUUGAACAAAGUUUUAUGGACAGAUGAGACCAAGAUUAACCUCUAGCAAACUGAUGGAAAGGCCAAAGUGUGGAGAAAGAAGGGAUCUGCUCAUGAUCCAAAACAUACAAGCUCAUCUGUGAAGCACGGUGUAGGAAGUGCCAUGGCUUGGGCUUGCAUGACUGCUUCUGGAGUGGGCUCACUAAUCUUUAUUGAUGAUGUUACCUGUGAUGGUAGUAGCAGGAUGAAUUCAGAAGUCUACAAAAACAUUGUCUGCCAACUUACGGAAAAAUGUAUCCAAACUAAUUGGGAGGAACUUUAUCAUGCGGCAAGAGAAUGACCCAAAACAGACUAUCAACACAACAAAGAUCAUGGUGAAAAAGUGGAAGGUUUUAGACUGGCCAAGUCAAUCACCAGACCUUAACCCAGCUGAGCAUUUCACCUCCUGAAGAAGAGAUGGAAGGGAAAAAAACCCCAAAACAAACAAUGUAAAAGCCUGGAAAAUCAUCACAAAAGAAGAAAGGAACAGUUUGGUGAUGUCAGUGGGUCACAGGGUUGAUGCAGUUAUUGCAAGAAUGGGGUAUGCGACCAAAUAUUAAGUGUUAUUUACUUUCAUUUACUUAAAUACUCUCUGUUCCAAUACUUUUGCUCACCUAAAAAUUUGGUGGUCUGAUCGCAAAGGUGCCAUGUUCGAAGUAGUUUAACACAUCUAGGAAACAAAAGCUGAAAUUCUGAACUCUUGUCUUGUGUUCAUCUCAACCCCAAAUGCAUUCAGUGUACAGCAAAAACAAAAGGAAUUGGUGUUGCCGU